AUGCUUGCCUUACAGAACAAGCUUCGUCACCCAAUAAGACUUUACUACGUAGAAUAUCUUAGUCUCAGUAAGGCGGCCAAUGAGAAAAUUGAAUCACCUGCGGUGAGCCAAUUCAAUCAGUGGGCUACACAUCCCCGGGACCGCAAGACGAAUGAAAUGGGUGUGCAGCUGGGCUCAAAGGUGUGGCGAAUCGAUGGAUCCUCAGUCUGCGAUACGUCGCAAUGCCCUCACCUUGGAGUUGAGCAUCCGACCGAGAAACCGUUUAUCACAAAGUCUGUAGAGUCUUUGCUGGCUUAA